AUGUGCGAAGCCCGAUCCAUCGAAAACAUCGAAGCCAUGACCCUCCUGGUGGUAUAUCAUCUGCGAUCCGCCUCCAGCCAGGGGGUUUGGUACAUGGUUGGACUGGCGAUGCGCACGGCCAUCGAUCUCGGACUGCACCGAAAGGCCAACGAGACCAACCUCGACCCGAUCACCGCGCAGAUGAGACGUCGGCUGUUUUGGACGGUCUACUACCUCGAGCGGGUCGUGUCCAUGUCGCUCGGCCGUCCGUUCAGCAUCGCAGACCGACACAUCGAUCUGCCCCUACCUUUAGAUGUUGACGACGACGUGCGCGACCCAGCCCUUUUGUCUACCAGCAGCAGCACCUCGCCGGCACCGCCCAACCGUAACACCACCCUCACCUUCGCCAUCUACCUCAUCCAACUGCGCCGCAUCGACUCCAAAAUCCAACACAAGAUCUACCGCGCUGACCGGCCACUCCACUCCCUCCGCUCCAAGAUGGACUCCCUCUUCCUGGAGCUCGAACAGUGGAAAGAAUCCGCCCUUCUGCGCUUCCACGGCCCCGACCUCGACUAUCCCAUGCUCCACUACAACCGCGCGCUCCGCCUCCUCAUCCAGCCCUUCCUCCCCUCCCUCCCCCUCACAGACCCAUACUAUCACGUCUGCCUGCGCGCCGCCGGCAACAUCUGCAAAACGCACAAGCGACUCCACCAGACGCUCGAAUACGGACAUUCCUUCCUCGCCGUGCAGACAGUCUUCAUGGCCGGCAUCACACUGCUGUACGCGCUGUGGACGCACGCCCACGACGUCUGGUCCGUGCAAAUGAGCAACGACAUCCGCGCAUGCUCGACGGUGCUCUUCGUAAUGAGCGAGCGCGCCGUCUGGGUCAAGAAGUACCGCGAUGCGUUUGAGCUGCUGGUCAACGCCGCCAUGGAGAAGUUGGAAGUCAACGAUCCGAGUCGGAAGAUCGGGAUGGCGGAGUUGAUGACGGCUCAGCACUCGGGGGGUCUUUCCACGAACCCAUACCUCUCUUCGUCUCCUACGCCGGGACUAUUCCAACAUCCGUACCCGAACUUGAACCAAACCUCGACAUCCACCUCCACCUCUCACUCUACAGGCCUUGCCCCAGCCCCGUCUUCUUCCAACCUAAAUCCCAAUCCAUACCCCAACCCCAACUCCGGAAUCGCAGCAACCAUAGACCAACAUCAACAACACCUUAACGCCAACCCCAACCCAGGGAAACCAGCAAACCCAGGAAAUCCCACAGACACGCAAAACCACGGCAUGCGCAUGGCCUUCCAACUCGCCCCAUGGAUCGACCUCGAAGAAGACAGCCCGUUCUGGAUGCCGGACUUUGAGACCCUGGAGAGUUUAUCCGGGAAUUUGGAUUUCUGGAAUGUGGGGGCCCCGGGACCUUUUGAGCCGUGA